AGUUGAAGAUUUUUUUCGUCAUUAUAUGAAAAUGCUGCUAAUUUUGUUCCUCAUGAUAAUUUGUUUCCAUGUUUCUGUGAACCAAGAUUCUGGCCCCAAGUAUGCAGAUGUUGUGUUUCUGUUGGACAGCUCUGAUCACCUGGGAUCUAAGUCCUUCCCAUUUGUGAAAAUGUUCGUCACCAAAAUGAUCAACAGUCUCCCCAUAGAGGCUGACAAAUACCGUGUGGCCCUGGCCCAGUACAGCGACAAGCUUCACAGUGAAUUCCACCUGAGCACCUUCAAAGGCAGGAACCCCAUGCUGAACCACCUCAAGAAGAACUUUCAGUUCAUUGGUGGGUCCCUGCAGAUAGGAAAGGCUCUUCAGGAGGCUCACAGGACCUAUUUCUCUGCACCCACAAAUGGGAGAGACAGGAAACGGUUUCCCCCAAUUUUGGUGGUCCUGGCUUCGGCGGAAUCUGAGGAUGAUGUGGAAGAGGCUUCAAAGGCUCUGCAGAAGGACGGUGUGAAAAUCAUCUCCGUGGGGGUGCAGGAAGCUUCUGAGGAAAACCUGAAGGCCAUGGCCACGUCUCAGUUUCAUUUCAACCUUCGGACAGUCAGAGACCUCAGCAUGUUUUCCCAAAACAUGACACAGGUCAUCAAAGAUGUAACAAAGUACAAGGAGGGGGCAGUUGAUGACAUCCUUGUAGAAGUUUGCCAAGGCCCUUCUGUGGCUGAUGUUGUGUUCCUGUUGGAUGUGUCAGUCAACGGAAGUGAGGAGAACUUUGACUUUCUAAAAGAAUUCUUGGAAGAAAGUGUAUCUGCUCUUGACAUAAAGGAAAAUUGCAUGAGGGUUGGCCUUGUGGCCUAUAGCAAUGAGACAAAAGUGAUAAGUUCACUGAGCAUGGGCAUAAAUAAGUCAGAGAUUCUCCAGAAUAUACAGAACCUCUCUCCCCAAAUGGGGAAGGCCUACACUGGAGCUGCCAUCAAAAAGCUCAAGAAGGAAGUCUUUAGUGCACGGAAUGGCAGUCGGAAGAAUCAGGGGGUGCCCCAGAUUGCCGUGCUGGUGACCCACCGAGCUUCAGAAGACAACGUGACAAAAGCAGCUGUUAACCUCCGACGGGAGGGUGUGGCCAUCUUCACCCUGGGCAUAGAGGGGGCCAGCGACACCCAGUUGGAAAAGAUAGCAUCUCAUCCUGCUGAGCAGUAUGUCUCCAAACUGAAGACCUUCGCCGACCUAGCUGCUCACAACCAGACAUUUCUGAAGAAGUUGCGGAACCAAAUAACACACACAGUCUCUGUCUUUUCAGAGCGGACUGAAACGCUCAAAUCUGGUUGCGUGGACACUGAGGAAGCAGACAUCUACCUGCUCAUCGAUGGCUCCGGAAGCACUCAGGCCACAGAUUUCCACGAAAUGAAGUCCUUCCUGUCAGAGGUGGUGGGGAUGUUCAACAUUGCCCCCCAUAAGGUGCGGGUUGGGGCCGUUCAGUAUGCUGACAGCUGGGACUUGGAAUUUGAGAUCAAUAAAUAUUCCAACAAGCAGGAUUUGGGAAAGGCCAUUGAGAAUAUCAGGCAGAUGGGUGGGAAUACAAACACAGGUGCAGCUCUGAAUUUCACACUGAGUCUGUUGCAAAAAGCCAAGAAGCAGCGAGGAAACAAAGUGCCAUGUCACCUUGUUGUCCUGACAAAUGGCAUGUCCAAGGAUAGCAUCUCGGAGCCUGCAAACAGACUGAGAGAAGAGCGCAUUCGAGUCUAUGCUAUCGGGGUCAAGGAGGCCAACCAAACACAGCUGCGAGAAAUUGCAGGAGAGGAAAAAAGAGUAUAUUAUGUGCAUGACUUUGACGCACUGAAAGACAUAAGAAACCAAGUUGUUCAAGAAAUCUGUGCUGAAGAAGCUUGCAAAGAGAUGAAAGCGGACAUCAUGUUUCUGGUGGACAGUUCUGGAAGUAUAGGACCUGAGAACUUCAGCAAAAUGAAAACCUUUAUGAAAAACCUGGUGAGCAAAUCUCAGAUUGGAGCAGAUCGGGUGCAAAUUGGCGUAGUCCAGUUCAGUGGCAUCAAUAAGGAGGAGUUUCAGCUCAACAGAUUCAUGUCCCAAAGCGACAUUUCAAAUGCAAUAGACCAAAUGGUUCACAUUGGAGAAACCACCUUGACUGGUAGCGCCCUGAGCUUUGUGUCUCAGUACUUCAGCCCCACCAAGGGCGCCCGGCCCAACGUCAGAAAGUUUCUCAUCCUCAUCACGGAUGGUGAAGCUCAGGACGUAGUAAAGGAACCAGCGGUAGCGCUCCGACAAGAAGGCAUAAUCAUCUACUCUGUGGGAGUGUUUGGCUCCAAUGUCACCCAGCUCGAAGAGAUCAGCGGGAGGCCCGAAAUGGUUUUUUAUGUUGAGAAUUUUGACAUUCUGCAGCACAUUGAAGAUGAUCUUGUUUUUGGAAUAUGCAGCCCCCGUGAAGAAUGCAAGCGGAUUGAAGUUUUAGAUGUUGUGUUUGUCAUCGAUAGCUCUGGCAGCAUUGACCAUGAUGAAUAUAAUGUCAUGAAGGAUUUUAUGAUUGGCUUAGUGAAAAAAGCUGAUGUGGGCAAGAAUCGGGUCCGGUUUGGGGCUCUCAAGUACGCCGAUGACCCAGAGGUACUGUUUUAUCUGGGCGACUUUGGCACAAAACUGGAGGUCAUUUCAGUGCUCCAGAAUGACCAGCCUAUGGGUGGCAAUACUUAUACUGCCGAGGCACUGGGCUUCUCAGACCACAUGUUCACCGAAGCCCAGGGCAGCCGCCUGAACAAGGGGGUGCCCCAAGUCCUCAUUGUGAUCACCGAUGGGGAAUCCCAUGAUGCUGAUAAACUCAAUGCCACAGCAAAGGCCUUGCGGGACAGAGGCAUUCUUGUCCUGGCUGUGGGGAUUGCCGGUGCCAAUCCUGUGGAGCUGUUAGCCAUGGCAGGAUCAAGUGACAAGUACUUCUUUGUGGAGACUUUUGGAGGUCUGAAGGGAAUAUUUUCAGAUGUGACAGCCAGUGUCUGCAACUCUUCAAAAGUAGAUUGUGAAAUUGACAAAGUAGAUCUCGUUUUCCUUAUGGAUGGUUCAAAUAGUAUUCACUCAAGUGACUUCACGAAGAUGAAGGAAUUUCUGGUAUCUGUCGUUCAAGACUUUGAUGUCAGCCUCAACAGAGUGCGUAUAGGAGCCGCACAGUUUAGCCAUAACUAUCGCCAGGAGUUUCCACUGGGAACUUUCAUAGGUGAAAAGGAGAUAUCGUUUCAGAUUGCAAACAUCCAGCAGCUCGGCGGAAACACACACAUCGGUGACGCCCUCAGGCAGGUGGGACAUUACUUCCGGCCGGACAUGGGCAGCAGGAUAAAUACUGGUACCCCACAGGUGCUGCUGGUCCUUACAGACGGCCAGUCCCAAGACGAGGUGGCCCAGGCCGCGGAAGCGCUGCGGCGCAGAGGCAUCGACAUCUACUCCGUGGGUGUCGGGGACGUAGAUGACCAGCAGCUCGUUCAGAUCACCGGGGCCGCAGAGAAAAAACUGACCGUGCACAACUUCGACGAGCUGAAGAAGGUCAAAAAAAGGAUCGUUCGCAACAUCUGUACCGCAGGCGGUGAGAGCAACUGUUUCGUGGAUGUUGUGGUGGGAUUUGAUGUCUCAACUCAGGAGAAAGGGCAGACUUUGCUCGAAGGUCAGCCUUGGAUGGAAACCUACCUUCAAGACAUCUUACGCGCCAUCAGCUCCCUCAAUGGAGUAAGCUGUGAGGUGGGCACAGAGACUCAGGUCAGUGUGGCUUUUCAAGUAACAAAUGCCAUAGAAAAAUACUCUCCCAAGUUUGAGAUCUACAGUGAAAACAUACUGAAUAGCUUGAAGGAUAUAACAGUUAAAGGACCAUCUCUUCUCAAUGCAAACCUCUUGAAUUCUCUAUGGGAUACAUUUCAGAACAAAUCAGCUGCUCGAGGAAAGGUGGUCCUUUUAUUUUCAGAUGGAUUGGAUGAUGAUGUUGAGAAACUUGAACAAAAAUCUGAUGAACUUAGAAAAGAAGGCCUGAAUGCCCUCAUCACUGUUGCUGUGGACGGACCUGCUGAUUCAAGUGACUUGGCUGAUCUUCCCUAUAUUGAAUUUGGGAAAGGCUUUGAUUACAGGACACAGCUCUCUAUUGGCAUGAGAGAUCUUGGGAGCCGGCUGUCAAAGCAGCUGGUCAAUGUUGCAGAAAGGACAUGCUGCUGUUUGUUUUGCAAGUGCAUUGGAGAAGAUGGCACAAUGGGAGAUUCUGGAUCACCAGGAAAAAAGGGACCUCCAGGUUUUAAAGGCAGUGAAGGCUACCUGGGAGAAGAGGGAAUUGCUGGAGACAGAGGAGCCCCUGGACCAGUGGGAGAGCAGGGUACCAAGGGAUGCCAUGGCACCAAAGGUCCUAAGGGGAACAGGGGACUAAAUGGCCAGGAGGGAGAAGCUGGGGAAAGUGGAAUUGAUGGAUUAAACGGAGAACAGGGUGAUGAUGGUCUUCCUGGAAGAAAAGGAGAAAAGGGUGAUGAGGGAUCCCAGGGAAGCCCAGGGAAGAGAGGGACUCCUGGUGACCGUGGCGCAAAGGGCCUGCGAGGGGAUCCCGGAGCUCCUGGAGUUGAUAAUAGCAUAGAAGGACCCGGAGGCUUGAAAGGAGAACGUGGAGGACAAGGAAGAAGAGGUUGGCCAGGCCCUCCAGGGACACCAGGCUCCAGAAGAAAGACAGCAGCUAAUGGCAGAAGGGGACCUACAGGCCCACAGGGAAGAACGGGGAUCCCAGGACCAGAUGGACUGGAAGGCUCCCUGGGACUUAAGGGCCCUCAGGGCUCAAGAGGAGAGGCUGGCGUGAAAGGUGAAAAAGGAGGCGUGGGAAGUAAAGGUCCCCAGGGGCCUCCAGGACCCGGAGGAGAAGCGGGAAAUCAAGGCCGUUUGGGAAGCCAAGGAAAUAAAGGAGAGCCUGGAGAUCUGGGAGGAAAAGGAGCGAUUGGUUUUCCUGGUCCUCGUGGCUUACAGGGCAAUGAUGGCAGUCCAGGUUAUGGUAGUGCUGGACGUAAGGGAGCAAAGGGACAAGAAGGAUUCCCUGGGGAAGGUGGACCUAAGGGUGAGACUGGGGACCCUGGUGGUCCAGGAGAGACGGGGCCGAAGGGAACUAGAGGCACAACGAUAUCUGCUGGGCUUCCAGGAGAGAUGGGAUCCGCUGGGGAACCGGGACACCCUGGACGUAAGGGUGUGAAAGGAGCCAAAGGCUUGGCUUCAUUUUCUACAUGUGAGCUCAUUCAGUAUGUGCGGGACCACAGUCCUGGCGGACACGGAAAACCCGAAUGCCCAGUACACCCAACCGAGUUGGUGUUUGCCUUGGACCAAUCCCGGGAUGUCACUGAACAGGAAUUUGAGCGGAUGAAGGAGAUGAUGGCUUUCCUGGUGAGGGACAUCAAAGUCCGGGAGAACAGCUGCCCCGUGGGAGCGCGCAUUGCCAUCCUCUCCUAUAACUCCCACGCCAGGCACCUCGUGCGCUUCUCAGACGUCUACAAGAAGAAUCAACUUCUCAGGGAAAUUGAAGCUAUUCCUUAUGAGAGAUCCUCUGCCAGCCGGGAGAUCGGCAGAGCAAUGAGGUUUAUUUCCAGGAAUGUCUUCAAGCGGACGCUUCCGGGGGCGCACACGAGAAGAAUCGCCACAUUUUUCAGCAGUGGUCAGUCUGCGGAUGCCCAGUCCAUCACCACGGCCACCAUGGAGUUCAGCGCGCUUGACAUCAUUCCCAUCGUGAUCACUUUCAGCAACGUGCCCUCGGUCAGGCGUUCAUUCGCGAUUGACGAGACUGGCACAUUUCAAGUAAUAGUGGUUCCCUCAGGGACCGACUACAUACCAGCAUUAGAGAGACUCCAGCGGUGCACUUUCUGCUAUGAUGUAUGCAAGCCAGAUGCUUCUUGUGACCAAGCCAGACCACCCCCUGUGCAGUCUUACAUAGAUGCUGCUUUCCUUCUGGAUGGCUCCCGGAACAUGGGAAGUGCCGAAUUUGAAGACAUCAGAGCCUUCCUGGGAACACUAUUAGAUUACUUUGAAAUCACCCCAGAGCCAGAGACUUCUAUCACCGGAGACCGGGUGGCCCUAUUGAGCCAUGCUCCUCGUGACUUUCUGCCCAACACUCGGAAGAGUCCAGUUAGAGCUGAGUUCAAUCUUACCACCUACAGUAGUAAGCGCCUCAUGAAGAGGCACGUGAAUGAGUCAGUUAAACAACUAAAUGGAGAUGCUUUUAUUGGUCAUGCCUUACAGUGGACUCUGGACAAUGUCUUUUUAAGUACACCCAAUCUAAGAAAAAACAAAGUCAUAUUUGUAAUAUCUGCUGGGGAAACCAGCCAUUUAGAUGGGGAAAUCUUAAAGAAGGAAUCCUUGCGAGCCAAAUGUCAGGGGUAUGCCCUGUUCGUCUUUUCCCUCGGCCCUACUUGGGAUGAUAAGGAGCUGGAGGAUCUCGCAAGUCACCCUUUGGAUCAUCACCUGGUUCAGCUUGGCCGAAUUCAUAAACCUGACCACAGUUAUGGUGUGAAGUUUGUGAAGUCUUUUAUAAACUCAAUCAGGCGUGCAGUCAACAAAUAUCCACCACUAAACUUCAAAAUAAAGUGCAAUAGACUUAGCUCUACAGAUCCAAAGCAACCCCCACGACAGUUCCGAAGCUUUGUUCCUGGACCACAUAAAGCUACCCUGAAAGAUGAUGUAUUACAGAAGGCAAAAUUCUUUCAAGAUAAAAAAUAUCUUUCAAGAGUAACAAGAAGUGGCAGAGAUGGUGCUAUUCAAAAUUUUAUCAGAAACACCUCCCAUAUUUUUAAGAAUGGAAAAAGGGUGACAAAAACUGCUCUUCAACAACACGGUAAAAGAAAUGCUUGAACAACAUAGCCUUAGGAAGUAUGGUAAGACUCUGGACUUCAACAGUAACUAAAUCUGCUGCCGGAACUCAAGCAACAGUUUGUAGGUUAUCAGGUGACUUGACCUCCUGUAUUCAUUAGUAUUGAUUUAUUUUGUUCAUUUAUUUGACCACUCCUGACAAUUCUAGCACUCUAAGACUGAUAUAUCCAGGAACUGUUUCAUUAGAAGACAGAAGAAUGAAAGAAGUGUUUUGAAAAGUCUAAUGGAGACGUAAUUUGAAGGUAAAAUUUGUAUGAUGUAUGCAUGUGUACAUGGGUUUAAUUCUUUUGUCUCUGUCCAGUUGAUUUUCUGCACACUCAUCCGCCUUUCCUAAUUUGGUAAUAUCUAAUGCUCAUCUAUUUAACGAAAGUUAUUUUUAAAUGUUUUAAGCCAUUCCAAAAUUUACCCUAGAAAUGGAUGCUGUUUAUGUAUCGUCUUUUUAAAAAUUUGACCUUCCAUGUUUAAACGCACCACUGUGGGAGUUUGCUUGGCCUAAUGAAAAAGGGUAAUUUUCUCCAGAUCUAAAUUCUCCUAAACUCACUGAAAAAGUCAUUAAUUCCCACAGAACAUAAACUACUGCUUUUGAGCUAGAACUUUUCUCUUCAUUAUGAAGCUUACUGCCAUUUUGAAGGAGCCUGAAGCCAUUUUGAUGGACUUCUAGUCUGUCUUUCCUCUUACGGUCAUUUAUUAAUUUUCACUAAUCCAUAUAUUCUUUAGACAAGGAGAAUCAAGACACAACUUGCCAUAGAUGAAGCUCUGAGUUAAUUUUACCUAAUCACGUAGCUGUUUAGUCAGUAAUAAACAGCACCAAAACAUGACUGGCAGAGCUCUUAAAAACACCCUUAAAUACACACUGAGUGUGGAAAAACACAAGAAGAUUGUUGUUUUAAUCUACAAAUUCAUAUGCAGUUGCAGAGAUGCUAAAGAGAUCAGAGUAAGUUAGAGUAGGAAAGGUUUUAGAAGUACCUGGUCUCUAGCAGCAUGCUCUAAUGGCUGUAUCCUCAUCUGCAUUUCAUUUUUAUUUUUAUGAUAGGGCUAUUUUCAACAACACCCAGUAUCUGUAGCAUUAUUUAAUUUUAACACAAUGUUCAGACCUUACUUCAGUCUAAGGGCUGGCUCCACAGUUGGUAGCAAUGACCCUGUUAAUCCAGAAUAUCCCUCUCUUUGGGAAUGGAAAGAAGCCCUGCUUGGUGGAAGCAUGGAGCAGAUGGAUACUGACAUUCAGAUUUUCUUUCCUAUACCUAUUUUCAUAAAACUUGGAAAGAAAAUUUAUCUGCGGUAUUUUUUGUAAAACCACUUCUGCCAUUCUUACUCAGGCAAAUCCAAAGACAGUACCUAAUGUCUUCAGAGGAGCAAGAAAUUCAGAGUUAAAUGUCACAUUCAUACUCAGGUAAUAGAGAAGAAUAAAACACAUCAGGUUUGUUUCAUCUAUCCUAAGUGGUGCUUAGGGGUUCAGGAAAAAUGUUUCCAGUACAGGAAAUUAAUGAGCAAUAUUUACGACAUAUUUUAAUGAAAGAGGUUUUUCUGGUUAACUUUUGAGUUAAGCACAAACUCCCUUUGUUAAUUGUUACAAAUACUAUUAAGAUGUAUGUGUCUGUUUUUCUGCACUGGCAAGUAAAGAACA